AUGUCUACCACAUUAUCGCAAAGUCCAAACCCCUCCGGUCUAGGAGAUUCCUGGGUGGUGGCAUCCACAAUCCUGGCCAAAGAACAAGAACAAAGAUCAUCCCAUACAGCCGAGAGAGAAUCCAUCCACUCUAACCAAAAAGGUACCCUGAUAGAGGAGCAUGAGGCCCUUGCCAAGACGGCAAACGACACAGACCAAACGCCAGAUGCGUCCAAAGAGCAGAUUCGACGUGAAAAAGAGCUGUCAGAGUCGCUGGCUUCCUCUGCAUCCUCAUGGAGCUCUACUGGUCCGGAGCUCGUCAUGCCUUCCAUCUACGAGGUUCCCAUCUCAGAAGCUUCCUGGGUGGCGCCAGCCGCCGUGUCGCCAGCAGACAUGGGUUCCCCGCACAUGAGAAAGCGUCGCAAGAUCACAUCGACGCAGAUAAAUGACGAUACAGCGACCACUGGCCCUGACACGAAGGCCUCGCUUUCCAACGUACUCGAGUCCAACGGUCAAGAUCCAAAAGCGAGCGUGAGGGCAAAGAUUUCGUCCAUCUAUCGGGACCAGCAAACUCUUGUACGCGCUGGCGUCAAUACAAUUUUAGUCACCCUCAUCAUGCAUCUCCUAGUUUUUCCAGAACUCAUCUAUCAAGCGCCUGUUCUGUGCACUUUACCGCUUGUUCAAACCGCGUAUCCAUCCAGUUGUGUACCGCUCCAUCCGCGGCCCCUGCCAUCCUCCUCCUUGCUCUACCCGGGCGAGACCGUCUCGCCCGAAGUAAACACCAUCGCAUCGCAGACCACCCUUCAGGCAAUCUUCAUCAGCACUCUCUCAACCCUGACACCACUUUCGAACGCUCUCCAAGAUAUCGAGACCACCUUGACGAGGCUACACACCAAUCUCCAAGCAAGCCUGCCAGAGGCUCGUAAUGCCCUGGAUCUUGAAUUCCAAGGAAGCGAAGCCGCGCUACGAGCCGCCUCGUGGGAGUUUAAUUCUCUGCGCGCAGAUCUUCGCUCUGCCACCGACAGUCUUCUCGCCUCUCCACUCGCCAAGGAAUCCUCAGACCCGACGUCGAUAGCCCGAGAUACCAGGCUAGCGUCGCAAUUGCGCCGACGUGGGGAAUAUCUUGACCGUCUGCGAACCCAAUUACGAAACAAAGCCGACUCGCUCGGUGGACGCUUUGCCACACUGGAUGACCAUCUUGAGGCGAUUGGAAGCAUUGUAUCUCGAGAGGCGCGACAUGCCUGGAUGGAGGGCAAGGACGUGGAUGCUGAACACGGAGCCAAGAACCGCGGGGAAGGUCUUCUCCAGUCCCUGUCCAGCUAUGCUGUGUUUAGCGCGAGAUUCUUUGGUGCUGGAUCUGGUGUCCGCUCCGGCGACCAACCAGCAGAUACUGCCAUCACGGCCUCCUCUGGUGACGAGGCGGCGGAGAAGCCUACGAGUACCCUUGCACUGCUAAGGCUGGUCUCAACACAGCAUCGUGCAGUUGCGGAUGAAAUUGCUCGUCUGGCUAAGGCAUUGCGGGAAGAACAGCGAGCGCGAUAUAGCCAUCCAUGGUGA